CAGAACGGUGGAGAAACAGCAGGAGAAUAAUCUGCGAAUAGAAAUGCAGAGAGCUGUAAAUGAAUUUAAGAAGGAACGAGGGAGACAGAAAGUGCUCAGUUAGCACUAAUUGAGGAUUUAUUGAGAACGGUUGAGAGUUUGGAACAAACCCAGGCUCAGAUAAAUGAGAGAGACAUGGCAAAGAAAAUGGAAGACAGGGAUAAAUUGGUGAGGAAGGUAGGGCAGAUGGAAGCCAUGUUUGUUUUAGAGAGAGAGCAGCAGGAUAGAGAGAAGGCUGAGCUGGAGAACAAGAGGAAGAAAUGUGUUGAACUAGAGAGAAAAACGAGAGCUGGAGGCUGUCUAGAGAGAGGAUUUAAGUAUGUGGCUGCAGAAGCUGAUAGAGAUAAACAGUGUGAUGGAAAAAAUGCAAGAGGAAAAGGAAGAGAUGGCCAAGAUGAUGUGAGAACUUGAGAAGGAAAAAGAGGCAAGAAGAUGCAAAGAGCUAUAAAAGAAAGGAAGAGAAAGAAAGCAUUCAACUGGCAUUAAUUGAGGUUUUAAUGAAAAUUGCUGAGAAACUGGGACAAGCCAUGGUUCAGAUAAAUGAGGAGAGACAACAGCUCCAGAAUGAAAGACAGAAAGAGCUGCAGCAGAGAGAGACAGAAGCCAGAGAAGCAAAGAUGAAGUCAGUCUGAGACUGUAGAAUUUACUGAGCAAGACAAGCCAAUGGAGGGAGAGGUGGAGGGGAGUAACACUGCUCUUCAGGCUUCCCUGAAAUGCUUUGAGGACUGAGAGAUGAUGGCAGAGAUGGAGAGAGAAAGAGAGCCUGGAGAAGGAAUUCUGGCAGCUGGAGUACUAUUUGUUUACAGCAGGAGAGCAGAGACAAGAGGAGAGCCAAAUGUUUUACCCAUAUCUGUCCAUGUCUGAAAAUGAUCAAUAAAAAUUCUUAUGCAUCAACUCAUUUUUUUUUUUAAGUGUGAGACAUAAUAACAAUAUGUAAUGGUGGCUUAGUGGUUAGCACUUUUGCCUCACACCUCCAGGCUUAGGGGUUUGAGUCCUGCCUCUGCCUUGUGGGCGUAGAACUUGCGUGUUCUCCCCGUGCUUUGGGGGUUUACUCCCCCACUCCAAAGACAUGUUGUAGACUGACUGGUAUUUCUAAAUUGUCCAGAGUGUGUGUGAUUGUGCCCUGUGAUGAAUUGGCACCCCAUCCAGAGUGUCCCCUGCCUUGUGCCCCAAUUCCCCUGGGAUAGGCUCCAGGCUCCCUGCAACCCUAUGUAGUAUGUAAUUGCAUUUAUAUACACUCACCAUCCACUUUAUUGGGAACACUGAUACACGUACACAUUCAUGCAGUUAUCUAAUCAGCCAAUCUUGUGGCAGCAGUGCAGUACAAAAAAUAUACACAGGAAUUAUACAUACAUACAUACACACACACACACACACACAUAUAUAUAUAUAAAAUUAAUUUAAAUGAAAUAAUGAAUUGAAAUUUUAAUAUAAAUUGAAACUAGGAAUUUUAACAGCCAAUAGUUUUAUUCACCUCUGGUUAUGUAUGAUUUUUCCUACAAUCAAACUCCCAUGACCAGAGAAAUUGAGCAAUAUAGACCUUCUCCCCUCCCUGGUCAGGUCUUAUCCUUUUAGGAACUUGCACCUAAAUAACAAAUCAAGUGGGUUUUUAUUGUCAUUCCUCUAUAUAGCUAGUAUGCAUCGAAAUGAAAUGUCAUUUCUCCAGGAGCAUGCAGCAGUGGGCUGUAAAUUACUGGGUAGUGUUGCAGCAAUAAAUGUAGCAGCAAUGUUAGCAGCAAAAAAAAAGUCUUAUAAAUAGAAAGUGUCUAGGGUCCAGGUGUGCACUUUGUGCAGCACUGUAAAGUGCAGGUGUGCAGUGGUAUUGAGUCAUACUGGGUUAGGGCUUUGACUAGCCCAGGCAGCAAGGUGUUGAGUAAUCUGACUGUCUCAGGGAAAACACUGUUGCAGAGUCUGGUGGUGGCAUGGAUGCUUUGUUCACAAUGCAGCUUUCAGAGGAGCUAUGCUUCAUUUAAAUCUUAUAUAAGGUGUACCCUUUCAAUUCAAUUAUUGAAACUUGAGGCGGAUGGGCUACAACAGCAGAAGACCACGUCGGGUUCCACUUCUGUCAUCCAAGACAGACACUAUCAUGGGUACAAGCUCACCAAAACUGGCCACCUGAAAAAUCUACAGGAAUUGCCUGAUGCAAUCAUGUCAACAUGGACCAGAAUCUCAAAGUAAUGUUUCCAACAUUUUGUGGAAUCUAUGCCAUGGAGAAUUGAGACUGUUUUGAGAGCAAAGGGAGGCCAUACGCAGUGUUAGUAUAGUGUUCCUAAUAAAGUGCUCUGUGAGUGUAGGUUAUGUACAUAAAUGGUUUCACUCACUUUGUGAAUUAUUAAAUAUACAGUGUUUUAAAUUUUGAAUUUGAGAUACGGAAAAAGCAUCGUCAGGAUGAAAAGUGCUACUGUUGCGGAAAAUUUUCUCAGUUCAGAAUAAAAAAGACUUUUCUAAGUCAAAGGGUUUUGGAUGCCAAAAAAUCAGACUUUGUUGAAUCAACCCACAAAGCCGAGACAAUCAUCAUCUGAUUUACAGAGUCAUGGCUCGUGCUUUUAUACAGUUCUAAAAACAAUGAUCUCAUUAGGUGGAGUUUUCUCAUAUUUUCUUUUAAUCACGCCCUUAAACUCUCACCACAAUUAUUUCAUUGGCCCUCUAGCUUGAUUUUAAUUGUGGCGUGAAGUCAGUCAGUUUAUUUAUUUAUUUUUAAAUGUUAACAGUUAACGUUCAUCACAACCUUAACAAUGCACUUCAGUAUUCUGGUAGAGAAGAAGCACUUUCCCAUGAGAAAUGACAAAGCAAAUCUGGACUGAAAAAGAUACAGUUUAUGAAUGAGACCUGUGUGCCUAUUGAUUUCCCACAAGCACAGGCCACCUGCAAGGUCACAUCAGUUUGUCUUAGGUUUCUUGAUUCACAUAGAGAAAUAUUCUCAUACAGAAAUAUUCUUGUAAAAUCAUACAAGUGAUUUUACAAGUCAUUUCAUAAAAGUCACUCUCUUCAUGAGUAAAAUGUACUAAAUGUACUAAAUCUCAUAUAAUUUCUGAGUACUUUAACUCUUGAUUGGACUGGAUGGAUUAUAUAAUAAUCAUACUUAAAUCAUACUCAUAAGGAAAAUUCUUCUACACUACAUGGACCUAUCAUUCUCAGCAUGCACUAACAUUAAACCCACACAGUUCAGUCAGCUGGGGUCGCGUGCGCACAGGGCGCUCACUUCAAGUUACUUCAGGUGUCGCAGACCCUCACAAGCUGCUGCCAUUAAACAGCGGUUGUUUUACACACACCCUGACUGAGUUUUCAGAACAGUCUAAUGGUAUUGUGUGGCCAGAUACUGAAUUAGUAAGCACGGGAGGUAAAGCAAGCACUGGCGGAUUAAAUAGCAAACUAACUAGGUUAUAUAAACUGGACAAAUAGCGAGUAAACUGAGCUGUAGCUAACGAGCGCCGUGUAGCUAACGCUAGACUGCUAAUGUUAGUAAUGUAAUGCUAACUAGUUUAGCCGAUGUGUAACGAUAACUGUCGCAUAUUCACUGUAUUGUUUGUAGUAAUUGUACAGGAACACAGAAGCAUGAAGCCUAACAUUUGGAAUGUAAAGGAUAUUUUGAGUAUUCCAGUGAACUCUGUGGGUGCAAAACCAGGUAAGGGAGGUGCCACCUGUGACUACUCCAGCCUGCCUGACUCCCAGUUUCUGUUCGGAUCUCAAACCUGGCCUGAAAAUUCUCAAAGCUUUUCCCAGGAGAUAAGUGGACAGUCCAGAGGCUCUCAACAGGCCUCACAGGAGAUAAAUGAAACGAAGGUGUCAACCAGCUAUCACUCCAAGCCUAUGCUGUUUGGUGAUAGCAAAGUAACCAACAUUUCAGGUGGUAGAGCCAUGGGUAUAUUAGACAGAUUUGAAGAGGAGAAGAGAAAAGCCAAAGAGAUUGAAAUUCUCAUUGGAGUCCGGCAGUUGCAAGAAAGUCUGGAAAAUAUCAAAAAGACUUUUCUAAACUGCAUUGAUGGAAGUUGUGACAUAACCAGAGCAGCUGUGGCUGAAGGAAUGGAUAAUUUUAGAAAGACAAUUCAGGAUAAUUUUGCCACCAUAAAGGAGAACAUAGCAAGUCAGACUGAACUGCUGAUGAACCAGAUGCAUAGAGAGAUGGAAGACAAUGAGGUGAAGAUGUCAUUAGCUCUAAAAGACUUGAGCUCAAUUGUGCUCAGCCUCCAGCGGGAUUUGGAAUCACUGAAACUGGAACAAAGCAAGGAGCAGAGUCUGCUUGGAGAGAUUAUGUCUCUGCUUGGCACAAUAAUGACUGCUCACUCCACUGGAGCUCAUCCCAGCCCUGUCCGAAUGAUUGACAACACUGUUCAGACAUCACCUGGUUUGGUAGCGCAGUUCUGUGUCGUUUCAGAAGAAAAGCGUUAUUAUGAAGGAAUGAAGCUGUGCAGUGAAGCCUUUAAUUACUCAGAGGAAAGAGUAGACCAGAGCAUUUGUCCUGUUAAAAAAACAUCUCCAGAGAAACUUAGCAGAAGAGCGUCUUUCCGGGUCAUAGGCACUCAUCCUUUUGAGAAGCAGCGGCACACAGGAACUGAGAGGUUUGACCCUAAUGGCUGGCAAAAGUCUUACCAUCUGCGCUCAGUUACAACCAGUUCUCCAAGCCCAGUGGCUACUAGCGCUGUCACUGCUCUUGUACAGGAUUCUAAGAAGAAUUGCGUUGUUGGAGGCCCUGUGCAUAUAGAGCCAGUAAAGUCUUUGAAUAAUAUGAAUAAGAACAAGUCAGCAGCUUGGAUUGAGGUGCCAAUAGAGAGAAAAGUGCCUAAGAGAGCACAGAGAUGCCAGACCUUCAGGAAAAAGAAGAGAGCCUUGAUUCUGCCACAGAGACGCCCUAAUCAAGGGAUGGCUUUGAAUAAUGUGUCUGAGGAUAGUCAACGCGAUGAAGACCAGGAAAACAGGGUGCCUCAAUCAGAGGUCAGUGCCUACCAGAAAACCAGCAAAGCUGUUUCAGGGAACCAUCUACCACUGCAGCAGCAAAGCACAACUAAACUGAUGAAUAUGAGUGAAUGUGGACAGCAUCUGGAUCAUUGGUCAUGGUCCCAGAGCAGUAACAGCUCGCAGGUGAUUGUGGAAUACCAGGAAGCUGAAUGGGAAACGGUGAAGCCUGAGCAAAAAGCCAAUACUAUACAGAGACAGAGAGGUGUCUGGCAGCUCUUUGACUUCAUCAGUGACUCUGAUUAAUGCGCUGUGAGUUACAUGAGUAACAUUUUAAGACACAAAGCAAAACUUUUUACUAGGACUUAGUUCAGAAUGUUUUCGUUGUUUUUCUGUAAAACUCUGGCAAAGUUUCAGUUCUUUGUAGUUCCACAGUACAUUUCUUCUGCUUCCCAUGGACACUCAGUCAUGUUUACUGUUGCCUUACAUAAUAGCAAAAAUUUACAUCUUUCAAUCUUAUACGUGAUGAUUUUAAAAUAAGUUUAUAUAUUUGCUAUUUAGAAUUUCUGUUGUCCUUAUUUUUUUGUACUCCCUGUGUACUCAGGAACUUAUUUCCUACAUGAUUUUCCAAAUAUUUUGGAUUCUGUUGGUAGUCAAUCAAUAUUAGAGCUCAGGUCAAAGUGGGGGAAAAAUCUUUGUUUUGUAUUGCUAUGGUAGCACAAACAUGGCUACAGUAAUAUUUAGAUAAGUCACAGUGUCAGAUGUGCAACAGAACAUACAGUGCAUAAACUAUUGUUAAAAAAACAUCUCUGUAAUGCAGCUGAAGAAUUAAUUCAUACAGCAUGCUUAUAUUUAAUGCAGCUGAAGAACUCAUUAAUAGAGCAUGCUAAUAUUUAAAAAAUACACCUUAAUGUUAGCUUCUUGAAACAGGAGUAAAUGUUGUGAGCUUCUCUGUAAUCUGUUACAUUCACACAUCAAAAACAGUUGUAUACCUAAAAAAACUAACAAUUAUCUGUUCGAAAAUGCAGUUCACAAUAGACCAUCAGUCUAUGAUCAGUAUAAGAAGAAUAAAUCAACACUAAUAUUGUACCAAAACAUUUCACAUGUAUGCAAAUCAGCCUUAAGUGAAUAAAACACAAACUCUGUA